AUGCAACGCAUAAAGGAUUUACCAAUAACCAGAAAUACUGUAAAAGAUCGGAUUUUAAAAAUUGCAGAAAAUAUCACAAAUCAACAAAUUGCAGAUUUUAAGUUGUGCAAUGUAUUUUCAAUUUGUCUUGACGAGAGCACUGAUAUUACUGGUUCAGCUCGAUUAUCUAUAUUUAUUAGAUAUUUUGUUGGUAGUGAAAUUAAAGAAGAGUUGGUUAAAUUAGUCUCAUUAAUUGUUUCUGUUACCACUGAUGGCGCACCUAGCAUGACUGGUAGAGAAUCAGGGUUUAUUAAUUUAUUUACUAAACACGUGGGACAUCCCCUGCUAGGUUUUCACUGUAUUAUACACCAAGAGGCAUUGUGUGCAAAAAAUACUUUUAAAUUAUUUGAUGCUAUAAUAAAACUAGUAACUAAAAUAGUGAAUUUCAUUACUGCGCGAGGCUUGAAUAAAAGAAAAUUUGAAAAUCUAUUAAAAGAAGUAAACUCGGUAUACAGAGGUUUAGUUAUGUUUAAUAAUGUUCGCUGGCUUAGUCGUGGCAAUGUUCUCCAAAGGUUUAUUGAAUGCUUUGACGAAAUUAAAAUGUUUUUGGAUGAGCAAAAUCAAAUACAUGAAGAAUUAUCUGACUUGGAGUGGAUAGCCAGAUUGAUGUUCUUUGCAGAUUUCACCCAGCAUUUAAAUGAAUUGAAUAUUAAGCUACAAGAAAAGUUAGAUAAAACAAUGAAACGCAAGAUAUUAUCAGACAAAUGUUGGAACUAUGUUGAACAUCUUAUCACUCUCGUUUGUUCAAUAGUUAAUUGGAUUACAAUUCUUGAGAGUGAUACACCAAGACUUUCUGUCGUACCAGAAGCUUUGAAUGAAAUCAAACAACAUUUUAUAACUUAUAUUAUUUCCCCAUUACUUGAAAUAGAAGGAACAAUGUUGCUAUAA